AGAGAACUGUCUGGAAAUGGAACCCACUUGGGACCAAUAAGUGAGCAAUCAUUCAUACGUCUUGCACUGUAUAAUUCUUCAUUAAUCUGAGAUCUCCAAAAAUGCGAGCCAAUGAAAUGGAUACACAGAUUUGAUAUAUCUGAAUUCGACUUAUCGUUUGGUAAACUGACUGGUGGUUCGUGUAACAUUAACGAGGAAAUCGCCAAAAAGUGUUGUGGAUAUAUUUGUCUGGUAUUGAGAACACUUGGAUCUUAAGGAUUUUGAAUUAUCAUGAGGAGACAUGAUGCAACAAUUAUACACACUGAUGAAAAUUAGAAGAUUUCUUGAUGCAACAUACUAAAUAGAAAUCUAUUCAGGAUUGAGAGGAUUGAGUGAUAUCAACUAAAAAAAUAUUUAGACUUAUUAAAGGAUACGGAUUACCAGAUUCUGUGCAUUAAUAUUGGAAACUGUUCUUAAUCUCAGUCUGAAGACAGACUGGUAAGAUGCACCAGACGUCCAAAUAUAGACAAAAUUGAAGACUUUCUUUAGAAUUCCAAUAAUUACUUAUCAUAGAUUGGAAAUGUAUUAUUAGUGGACGUAAUAGGUUUGCCUUGGUAUAUGUUGAACUUCUGGGCAGAGUAUACUGAGUUAUAAAUAUCUGGAGAAUUAGAAAAUGGAAUGAAGUAUAAAUAGAAUUUCGUGGCCUUCAGGUUAUACAAGUUUGUAAUCUUAAGACAGAAAACGGAUGGAUGAAACAUAGCAGUUUAGACUCAAAGAUAGGAUUGAAUAUUAUCGGUAAAUAUCUGUAAACGGAAACUUUAAGGAUUACUAAACAAGUAGAACUAGAACUGGGUUCCAAAUCUACAACUUCCCGUAAACAGAACAAUUAAGAAAUACUUGAACGAUCAUAGAUUCAUCCAGGGAAAAGUUUCUGUAUCGUCGAAAACAAAGCAACAUGUGAGGACCGUUUGAUACAUUAAAAUGAACCAAUCAGAUAAAUGCACAGGACGUCAUAAAGGAUAACAUGUUAAAGAUAUCAUCAUCAUAUAACAUAACAACUCGAAAAUGAAAUCACGGAUCUCGUAUGAAAAUAUGAACUCAUAGUUUCUAACCUUUCAUCACUAAAAAGGAAGGUGGAAAUGAAACUAUUUGUAACUGUUGCACUACGUGAAACUAUUGCAAAACUUGGAAAUAUUCCGAUAAGUUCAUUAAUUCUUUUUAAGAUUAUGACCUCAGAUAUAGGUUACUCACUGAAGAGAAAUUUUUUAUUUAAAUGAGCCAACCAAUUGGAAUAUGUCAUUUUGAGGAUUGGACUUACUUGGUUUGACUGCAUUUUGUUAUUGGUAUAGACUUGAUACUUAGAACAGUCUAGUUGUUUUCGUACAAGUACAGUAUCGGAGAAUCUUAGCUUGUUAUAUAUCUAAUUGUAGUAUACCAGUUAGAGCCUGAUAGACUAUAAAAUUCAGAUUCAGUAUAACUAUAGCAGAUUUAACACAAAUGGAGGGAGAAUGGAUCUCCUGACACCAGACUAUUACGUACCUUAUACCCCAUCACUGAAAUCAACGAAUAAACAUAUAAGUGAUGCUAUAACACCUCUGCCAAGGGUGAUGUGCAGUAUAUAUAUAGAGAAUCCCCGGGGUGGGGUUGGGGGUGGCGUUAUCCCUGCUCAGACCCCAUUGGAUUGCUCUGGGUAUAUCCCUAAUAAUAUAUCAUACGCGAAUGGAUAUUCAGUCAUGAAUGGAUACUCUCCCCAAAAUGGAUAUUACGUUCAAAAUGGAUAUGCAACUAUAGCAACGCCAAAUGGAGGGAUGUGUAAUGGUGCUAAUAAUGGUGCCGCAGUGGUACUACCACCAAGUGGUAACCAUAGUAAUACAAUUGUACCACCACCCCAGACUCAACAGGCGGGGAAUAACAAUCAAAGUACUAUGCAGUCAAUCAAUGGAUAUUCUCCAAAUAUCAAUGGAUAUUCACCAAAUAUCAAUGGAUAUACUCCGACCCAACCUCAGCCUUCAAAUACCCAAACAGUGCAACAAGAAAGUAUUAAUCCGAAAAUGCAGUAUAUUCAAAAUGGCGGUCCCAUAAAUGGUACAACUGCCCCGGGUGUUUCCCCUCAGCGGAUAGUCCCAUCAACUCAACCAACAGUGCCCUCUUGUGGCGGACAGACAUUAGAGAGCCCCGUUAAAAUGCAGUAUAUAAACAGUCCGGAAGUAUGUAAUGGUUUAGUUAAUGUUGUAAGUGACCAGCAGGGGGCAUUGUAUGAGACGUCAUGGAUGGAAAAUGAAGGUCCUGCCACUGUCAGAAUGGUCUCAAAUAACGGGCCGCCUGUCCCGAUGCCAAUGCAGGUGCCCCCAG